ACGACGGUCGGCACGCACUCACAAAAACCAGUACACACGACGGCGGUACACGCUCCGCACUCCGUCCUCCUAUCUCGCUCUCGCUUCCCGAACUCUCGAUCACCCUUCUCGCUCGCUCGCUCCGCCGCCGCCGCCGCCGUCGCCGAGCGCCGUCGCGACGUACGACUGCUGCUGCUGCUGCUGCAGCUGCUACAUACAAAAGACAGAGAGCGCGCGCGUGCGCACGCUCACAAACACACACGCACUGACGAACGCUUUGCGGCCCGUCGCUCGACGCACAUACCCCUUCAGCGUUCAGUGUCUCACGUGCUCCGCAUAAGUUCGGUGGUCGUUCGCUCUUGUCCGCACAUUUCACUACACUUUGUACACCGCUUACACCACCACCAAACAUAUUAUACACAUUUUAAUUAUUGUUGUUGCCGUACGAUAAUAAUAUACCGUGUUAAUAAUAUUGUGUUUAUACCUCGGUAUACUGUCGGUUAAAUACAUGCACUCGCGUUCGUUUUCGGCAAUAAAUCCGCUAGGCCGCAGUUGAAAGAAAUUUUAAUAGUAAUAUUAAUAAUAAUAAUAAUAAUAAUAAAAAAUUCGUUCGCUUUACGCGUCGUACCGCGGAUUCCGAGUGUUUUACGGGAUAUUAUUUUAUUGAUAAUAUACUUCGGUUAUCGGCAUUUCACCCCCGAUCGGCCGACACGCGUCCAUGACCAAGGUCGUCUGCGUUUGCUGCUGAAACCGUUUUCGCGGUUUUAAAUUUAUUUAGGAUUCUAAGGGAUCACUUCUACGAGGGUUACUGAAAAGGUUUAAAACUGGCUAUCGCUACUUCCAAACUGUAUUCCCAGGCUCCUUUACGAGUGUCAACGAGGCUAUACUUAUGAGCGUCCUUGUCCGAACCAUGUUCAAAGUUGAACACAAAUUAUUAUAAUGCCGGAUUUAACGUUUUCGUGUCGUUGAUGUGGUUGGAUAGAAUUUACCGACCCCAGAGGCCCGAAGGAGGACGGGAAUACUAUUCCUCCUACUUACAUGAACAUACCCGACAUUCGCGUCCGUUCGGCCGUGUUCAUACCUGUUCAUGACAGACCCUCUAUUUUUCAGCCUUAAUUUGGGAGUGGAUCAAAUGGCUACGUUGGCCGAACACGCGGCUGACUUCAGCGGCAUGUUGGCCGCGAGCGGCAUGGGCAUGCCGCAGCCGAUGACCGCCGCCCCAGUGCCGCUCGCCUUGCACCCGCACCAUCAGUCGGUGCGCGGCCCGUUGCCGGGCCUUGUAAAAAUCGCUCAGCCACAACCGACGGCCGUGUCGGCGGCCAACAAAGCGGGUUCGCCGCUGCAAAACGGCAACCAGUCGGCUCAAGACGUAGCGGCCGUGGUGGCCGCGCAACAGCAACAGCAACAACAGCAACAGCAACAGCAACAGCAACUGCAGCAGCAGCAGCAGCAGGCCAUCAUCGGCGGCGGCAAGCAAAACGGCGCUGUGCCGGUCGAGCAGAUGGUUUCGGCGCCUUCGCCCAGCGGCCGGUCCACGCCAAACAGCAGUACAGAGGGCACGUCGGCCAAACUGUUCGUCGGUGGUCUCAGUUGGCAGACGUCGGCCGACAAGCUCAAACAGUACUUUGGCAUGUUCGGUGACGUGACCAACGUGCUCAUCAUGAAGGAUCCCAUCACGCAGAGGAGUCGCGGUUUCGGAUUCAUCACGUUCUCGGACGCUGAGACUGUGGAAAAGGUGUUGGCCGUGCCCAUACACACGUUGGACGGCAAGAAGAUCGAUCCCAAGCACGCGACGCCCAAGAAUCGCCCGAAGGCUGGCAGCAAGACCAAAAAGAUAUUCGUAGGCGGCGUCAGCCAGGACACCACCGCUGACGAGGUGAAGGCGUACUUCAGCCAAUUCGGCAAGGUGGAGGAAACAGUGAUGCUGAUGGACCAACACACCAAGCGUCACCGCGGCUUCGGGUUUGUCACGUUCGAGAACGACGACAUAGUGGACACAAUAUGCGAGAUUCACUUCCACACGAUCAAGAACAAGAAGGUGGAGUGCAAGAAGGCACAGCCCAAGGAGCUAGUGCAGCCAGCGGCCGCGGCCGCCGCAGGCCUGUUGCUGGGCAAGCGCCCCGUGUUGGUCGGUGGACCGCUCGGCGUCCGUGUGGCCGCCGCUCCAGUGACACAGGCCAGCCACCAGUUGGCGGCCGUGCAACAGGCUCAGGCACAGGCCCAGGCCCAGGCUCAAGCCGCCGCGGCCGCGGUGGCCGCGCACAACUACAACAAGCUGUUCGCCACGUACCCAGGACUGGCCAGCUACCGUUACGCCCCGUAUCCAGUUCCGGUGUCCGCAGCCGCGGCCCCGCAGCCAGCAGCCGCCGCCCCGCAACCGGUGCCCACAGCUGCCGCGGCCACGCAGGCCGCAUAUCCGGCGUACAGCCUGUCCGGCAUCGACAUGAGUGGCUUCCAAGGCAUCGACUGGUCGUCCAUGUAUGGCAUGGGUGGCAUGUACGUUUAGGUCCGUUUCAACCCUUAUUGCGCGCGUCCUGUGCUGUUUGUAUGUUGUGUGUUGGUCAGGUCAAUUUUUUUCGCGUAAAUGAGAAAACCGAACAAAUAAAAAUAAAAACGAAAAAACAUUCUCUUGUUGCUCAGAUACAUUCUAUCAUUGAAAUUAUUUUUUUAAUAUUCAACCAAAAAAAAAAUCUAAAAAAAAAAUCCCCCAUCUGAAUCCUCCUCAUCCCAGCCCAAACCCAACCGCGUUUCAUUAUCUUUUUUUUUUUUUUUUUUUUUUAUUCAAAAUCGACGAGGCUGUCAGCCAGAUCUUCGGAGAUCAAUCCGCGCGUGUGCCAUACCACUGCCUCAUUGUCGUGAGUUAUUUUUUCAUCGGAUAAAACUAACGAUUUCUAGUCAGAGUUAUCAUUAAUAUUAAUUAAUUAUUAUUAUUUUUUAUGUAUUAUUAUUACUAUCAAUAAUUAUUAUUAAUUUUUAAUAAUUCUCAACUUUCUAAUAGUAGUGUGGUUAGUGUCUAAAUAACGUGUAAUUAAUUAAUUAGUUAAUGUAUUAUUUUGCUCUUUAAUAAAAAAAAAUUCCAAUGAUCAGUAGAGAAAAUACAUUCCAUUAAGGACCAAAGCUCACAAGCAUACAUCAUGACAAUUUUUUUUAAAUACCAUUUCAUAAAUUAUAUUCUUUUUUUCUCUAUAUAUUUCAUUCUCUCUCUCUCAUUA